CUUGCGCUGGGCAGGGCACGCCGGGGGCUGUAGUCUUGGCGACGCCGCACCGCCUCGCUCGUGGAUCGGUGGGCGGGCAGAGGCGGCAGCGCCGCUGGGCCCCAUGGCGGCGGCGACGGAGCGGACGGACGAGCUGGUGCGCGAGUAUCUUCUGUUCCGCGGUUUCACCGCCGCUCUGAAGCAGCUGGACGCGGAGAUCAAGGCGGACCGGGAGAAGGGCUUCCGGGUGGAUAAGAUCGUGGAGCAGCUGCAGCAGUUCGUGCAGAGCUAUGACCUGGCCGCGCUGCGGGACUACUGGAGCUACUUGGACCGCCGCCUCUUCAGCCGGCUGGAAGACGUGUACCGACCGACGGUGAACAAGCUGAAAACCAGCCUGUAUCGAUACUACCUCGUCCAUACCGUGCAGACCGGCCGCAAUGACAAAGCGCAGGAGUUCUUCCUCAAGCAGGCCUCUGAGCUGCAGAACCAGGCAGAGUGGAAGGAUUGGUUUGUCCUGCCUUUCCUCCCUGCCCCGGACUCCAACCCCACCUUUGCCACCUAUUUUUCACGCCAGUGGGCAGAUACGUUUAUUGUGUCUCUGCACAACUUUCUGAGUGUCUUAUUUCAGUGCAUGCCAGUGCCAGUCAUUCUGAACUUUGAAGCUGAAUGUCACAGGAGCAGCCUCAUACAAGAAGAAAAUGAAUCCCUGCGGCAUAAGCUAUUUGCUUUGCAGGCUGAAUCCUCCCGCAUGAAGAAAGAGGAACUGGAAGUGGAAGAAGCAGUUGUGCAUCACAAGCUGCCUGCAUAUGUGGCCAACAUGGAUCGGCUCGGGGACUCUGAGCUUGAUAUGACCUGCAGCCAGAGAAGUACUGCACAUUCUCUUCAGUCUCGAGGAGGCUUUCUCUCCUCUCUUCUCUCCCAGAGUAAAAAGGGCCCUGCCAGACCAGCUCAGCCGAGUGGGGCUUCUCCAACACAGACUGGCAGUGUGCUGCUAGGGAAGAAAGAACCAGCAAAUCACCAGAGUGCCAAAGGAAAAGAAGGAACAGCAAUCAGUAAGGAUGGGAAGAGCCACUUUAGUGGGUUAGUAGCAGGUGAGUCCAGCUCCCUGCAGCAGCGUCAGAAGCGCUUGCAAGAGCAUGGAAAGGAAAGGAGAGAGCUGCUGUCAAAAGGGACCUCUCAGGUUCACAGUGCUGAGAAGAAAGCAGAUAUUAGUGCAUCUGAGCCAGAGCCAUGUUCAGAGCCACAAGCUGACCAAGCAGAGACUUCAACCAAGACUUCUGCCAGCAGUAUGGAGUCUGGGGUCCGACAAGAGCAGCCUUUCAUUGUCCUGAGCCAGGAGGAGUACGGGGAGCACCACUCAUCUAUCAUGUACUGCAGGGUUGAUUGUUCUGGACGGAGGGUGGCCAGCUUGGAUGUGGAUGGUGUCAUCAAAGUGUGGUCUUUUAACCCCAUAAUGCAAACUAAAGCUUCAUCUAUUUCCAAGUCUCCGCUGCUGUCUCUAGAAUGGGCAACCAAACGUGAUCGGCUGCUACUGCUCGGCAGUGGAGUUGGGACAGUUCGUCUUUAUGACACAGAAGCAAAGAAGAAUCUCUGUGAAAUCAGCAUUGAUGAAGACAUGCCCAGAAUCCUGUCGCUUGCCUGCAGUCCAAGUGGUGCUUCCUUUGUCUGUUCUGCAGCAGCCCAGAGCCCCAUCUCCCACAUGGACUUCUCAGUAGUCACCUCUGGGGGCAAAAGCAUGAACCAAGUUCCUGGGAAGCUGUUGCUGUGGGACACUAAAACAAUGAAGCAGCAGUUGCAGUUCUCCCUGGAGCCUGAGCCUAUUGCUAUUAACUGCACAGCUUUCAACCACAAUGGCAACCUGCUGGUCACAGGGGCUGCGGAUGGGAUUGUUCGUCUCUUUGAUAUGCAGCAGCAUGAGUGUGCCAUGAGCUGGAAGGCACAUGAUGGGGAAGUCUACUCCGUUGAGUUCAGCUAUGAUGAGAACACUGUCUACAGCAUAGGCGAGGAUGGCAAGUUUAUUCAGUGGAACAUCCACAAAAGUGGCUUGAAGAUCUCAGAGUAUGCUCUUCCCAGUGAAGCUACAGGUCCCUUUGUGCUGUCUGGAUAUAGUGGAUACAAACAAGUCCAGUUCCCACGAGGAAGACUUUUUGCCUUUGACUCUGAGGGGAACUAUAUGUUGACAUGUUCUUCAACUGGGGGAGUCAUUUUUAAGUUGAAUGGUGAGGACAAGGUCCUGGAGAGUUGCCUUUCCCUGGGAGGACACCGAGCUCCUGUUGUCACAGUGGACUGGAGCACAGCCAUGGACUGUGGGACUUGCCUCACUGCCUCUAUGGAUGGGAAGAUUAAGUUAACAACCCUACUGGCUCAAAAGUCUUAAUUGGAGCGGUGUUGAAGGAAGAGAGCAGCAGAAUUGGGGGAAAAAAAAACGAACAAACAAAAAAGAAGUGUUAACUCCACAGGAACAAACUGCAUGGGAAAGAAGGCAUACCACAAUCACUCUUUUCAUUUUAGCUUUUGCCUCUUGGCAGAUGUUAAAUACACAUGCCAAACCACUGUGCAACAGAAUGCUGAUAUGGGCCUGCUUCAGUGGCAACAGUGAAAAAUAGAGCUUCACUGAUCCCUUAUGGCAGCUGGCCUCCUCCUUUUAGGGGGGUCUCAAUGUAGCACAUGGUUAGGAGGCUGCUGGAAUCAUGUCAGGGGCUAUGUAGAAGGUGAAGCUGGAGAUGGGAUACAUGAGGCAGCACUGUGUGUGGUGACAUGGAUGGCUCAAACUGGAAAAGCCAGUGCAGAACCAGAGUAUUAUUUGGGUUUAAUAUUUUUUUUGUCUGUUUUGUGUUAUUGUUGUUGUUUUUCAUAAAAAAAAAAAAAAAA